AGCAUUUCUUGAAGAUCUUCCCACUCUCUCUCAUUCUUCUCUCGCACGUCUUCUUCAAUCUCUGCCCAUUUCGCAGAGCUUGGAAUUGAACUUCUCCCACUGGAAAUUGAGGCUCGCGGAAUUUGGAAUCUGUAUUGAAGCACAUGUUAAAGGAUUCUCUCCCACGGUGAUCGCAAAGAUCUUUAACACCUUGCGGGAAAUGGCGGGUCGGUUCUCGGCCACCAUGAUCGUUACCAACACACCGGCAGCGGACCUCGCUCUAACUAAUCUUGCUUAUUGCUCGGCUUCCGAUCUUCAAAACUAUGCGGUCCCUGGCACGAAGCUCUUCCUCGCAUUGGUUGGCGAUUCGUUUGUACUCUCCCUCGCUCCUCAUGGAAGUAUAGGCAGUGGCUACAUUGCCUUAAAUGCUAUUCAACGUCGGCAUGCUAGAGUUUCAACUGGGGACAAGAUAUCCGUGGCCAGAUUUAUCCCACCAGAUGAUUUCAACCUGGCAUUACUCAGAUUAGACUUGGAGUUUGUUAAAAAGGGGUCCAAAAGUGAGCAGGUUGAUGCUGUUCUAUUGACCAAUCAAUUGAGGAAGAGAUUUAUCAACCAGAUAAUGACAGCAGGGCAAAGGGCUUCUUUCGAGUACCAUGGUACUAACUAUAUCUUCACAGUUAACCAAGCUGUUGUGGAAGGGCAAGAUAAAUCUGAUGUUGAAAGAGGGAUGAUUUCAAGUGAUACCUAUUUUGUCUUUGAAACAUCAAAUGGAAGUGGAAUAAAGAUAGUUAAUCAACGAGAAGCUGCUAGUAGUAACAUAUUUCGGCAAAAAGAAUUUAAUCUUCAGGCACUUGGUAUUGGUGGAUUAAGUGAGGAGUUUGCUGACAUAUUUCGAAGAGCUUUUGCCUCUCGUGUUUUUCCUCCUCACGUGACCAGCAAAUUGGGCAUCAAACAUGUAAAAGGAAUGCUGCUUUAUGGACCACCUGGAACUGGCAAAACUCUUAUUGCCCGUCAAAUUGGGAAAAUGUUGAAUGGGAGAGAACCAAAGAUUGUCAAUGGCCCUGAAGUCUUGAGCAAGUUUGUUGGUGAAACUGAAAAGAACGUGAGAGAUCUUUUUGCUGAUGCUGAGAAUGAUCAAAGGGCCCACGGAGAUCAAAGUGAGUUGCAUGUCAUAAUCUUUGAUGAAAUUGAUGCUAUUUGUAAGGCAAGGGGAUCAACUAGAGACGGAACUGGAGUUCAUGAUAGCAUUGUCAACCAGUUACUCACAAAGAUAGAUGGUGUAGAAUCAUUAAACAAUGUGCUUCUUAUUGGCAUGACUAACAGAAAGGAUUUACUUGAUGAAGCCCUUUUGAGACCAGGUCGCUUGGAAGUUCAGGUUGAAAUUAGUCUGCCGGAUGAGAAUGGCCGUUUACAAAUUCUUCAGAUUCAUACCAACAAGAUGAAAGAAAAUUCUUUUAUUGCUCCUGAUGUAAACCUUCAAGAAAUUGCUGCUCGUACAAAGAACUACAGUGGUGCUGAAAUUGAAGGGGUUGUAAAAAGUGCAGUAUCAUACGCUUUGAAUAGACAAUUAAGUCUUGAUGAUCUUACAAAGACAGUUGAUGAAGAGAGCAUUAAGGUUACAAUGGAUGACUUUCUAAACGCAGUCCAAGAAAUCAUUCCUGCUUUUGGUGCUUCAACAGAUGACCUUGAAAGAUGCAGGCUUAAUGGAAUGGUUGAAUGUGGUGAUCGACAUAAGCACAUUUAUCAAAGAGCAAUGCUACUUGUAGAGCAGGUUAAAGUGAGCAAGGGAAGUCCACUUGUUACUUGUCUUCUCGAAGGCCCAAGUGGCAGUGGCAAAACUGCAAUGGCAGCUACCGUGGGCAUCGACAGUGAGUUUCCUUAUGUCAAAAUUAUAUCAGCUGAAUCAAUGAUUGGCCUUCUUGAGAGCACAAAAUGCGCACAGAUUGUCAAGGUUUUUGAGGAUGCAUACAAGUCUCCAUUGAGCAUUAUCAUUCUUGAUGACAUUGAAAGAUUACUGGAAUAUGUUGCGAUUGGUCCUCGUUUUUCAAAUUUGAUGUCUCAAGCGCUGAUGGUUCUUCUCAAACGACUACCUCCUAAGGGUAAAAAGCUUCUGGUAAUUGGAACAACCAGUGAAGUGGGCUUUUUAGAUUCAGUUGGUAUCUGUGAUGCCUUCUCAGUCACUUACCAUGUUCCAACACUGAAAACGGAUGAUGCAAAGAAGGUGAUGCGACAACUGAAUGUUUUUGCUGACGAUGAUGUGGAUGCUGCUGCAGAGGCUGUUGGUGAUAUGCCCAUCAAGAAGCUGUACAUGUUAAUUGAGAUGGCAGCUCAAGGUGAGCGCGGUGGAGCAGCGGAAGCAAUCUAUUCUGGUGCACAGAAGAUUAAGAUCUCUCACUUUUUCGACUGCCUCCAGGACGUCGUCCGAUACUAGAGUUUGAUUCUUUUAUUUGUUUUUGCACCUUAUGAUUUUAACCCCCUUUUUUGAUAUUGGGUGAUGGGGCUUUGAUUUGGGUUUUGAUUCCAUAAUUUUUGAACUCCAUAGUUUGUUUCAUCGAGGUGCAUGUAAGCUGGUUCAGAUACGUUUGGAACUCCAUAGAAUGCUACGACAGGAGGGAAAUGAGAACCGAAAUCAAUUGAAUGUAUCAUUUUUUUUUUUGCUUUUAAAUUUGAAGAGGUCCUGUGUUCUUGGAAAAUGCCUGCAUUGUUUGAUUAUCUCAUAGAAUCAGUUGGAUUCUUUCCA